GUCUUUAUUCACAGUUUAAACCGGGAUCUCUUCAAGACCCGGACUGCAGGAGAUAUGUGCUGGGCUCGGGAUCUUCUGAAGGUUGACAUACCCAAUGCCCGAAUCUUGACAUUCGGCUGCGGCGCUCAGGUGGUUCACUUCUGGAAUCAACCUUCACAAACUCGCAUCGCAUUCUUGGGAACUCCUCAUGCUGGCUCUCCACUCGCAGCCUGGUUGGAGACGGGCAGAAUAUUUCUGGAAUAUGAUGGCCUGGCUUCAAACAAAGAGCUGGCGAGGAACUUAGAUAUCAACUCGGAGAUUCCCGUCAGCCUUGGAAGAGAUUUCCCAACAUUCUUGGCAAGCCGCUUUCGAGACGGCGAGGAGAUCAAGAUCAUGUGCUUCUUCGAAGGAAUGGAAAUUAAGGGAGCACGAAAGGCGAGUGAUAUGCGAUCCACAUGGUCUCAGUGCUAA